AUAGGAGCAUUUUAAUGUCCUAAAAAGGAAAAAGAAGAGGCAAAAAUGGGUGGUUCUCGCGGUGCUGGUGGUGGUGCUGGUGUUCAGCGCAAGCAGCAGCUAUUCCCCAAGGGCUCUCUGGUCGAAAUCGGCAGCGACGAGGAGGGCUUCAAGGGUGCCUGGUACGUCGCCACCAUCCUCGACACCCCUUCUUCUUCUUACAGGUCUUCCUCUCCCUCUUCGAAGAAGAAGAACGACCUGUUCUUCGUCGAGUAUCAGAGCUUGUUAGACGACGAUGGCUCUACCCCCUUGAGAGAACACGUCAAACCCGACUUCGUUAGGCCUUUACCUCCUCCUCCUUCUUCAGAAUCUGACCUUGUUCCCUCCUUCGAAUUAUACGAUGUCGUCGAUGCGUCUUACCGUGAUGGAUGGUGGACUGGUGUCAUCACCCUAGUUCUCAACAAUUCCAGGUUCAUAGUCACUUUCCAGAACCCUCCCGACGAGAUCGAGUUUGGGGUUUCGGAGUUGCGGGUUCACCGGGAGUGGGUCGACGGCAAAUGGGUCCUACCCGAAAAGCAGAGAACAACAGGAUUGAAGUUUAGCGCAGGAAAAAGGGUAGAAGUAUCUUUUGACAAAGAAGAUUAUCGUGAUUUUUGGUUCCCAGCAACUGUCCUUGAAGACUUGGGGAAUGACUCUUUCGUGGUGGAGUACUGGAGUUUAGGGAAUGGGAGUGAGGCUGAGCUUCAAAAAGCAACUGUUGAUUUGCUGCAUAUUCGACCUUCUCCUCCUGAUCUCAAGGGAAGAAAUUUUGUUUUGUUGGAAAAGGUGGAUGCUUUCUAUAAUUCUGGCUGGAAGAGUGGAGUGAUUACCAAAGAACUUGCUGAUAGAAGGUAUAUUGUCUAUUUUAAGCAUACAAACAAGGACAUGGAACUCAAUCAGUCAGACCUGAGACCUCACAUGGAAUGGAUUGAUGGCAAAUGGAUUGCUGCUUCUCAGGAUGUCUUAAUCCCAGCGGAUUAUGAAGAGCACGUAGGGAAUGCCUGCAUUGGUCUUAACAACACUCAGAUGGCUGUUCAACUUGCUAGUUCAGGUGUUACAAAGGAUAAAUCUGAAGAGAAAACCCCAUCCAUUAACUCAAGAGAGAAUCAAACUGAGCAGUCAACUCCCUGCGAUGGAUCACCAUCUUCUCGUGGUAUGGCAUCACUGAGAAAGAAGACGAAGCAGAAGAACCCUGAUAUUGAGGUUUCACAUUCGCGGCCAUCCAAGAAGCUGAAAGAAGGAAAUGCACCAGAGACCCCAUCUCUCACCCCAUAUCAAUUAAAUACAAUGUUGGUACAGGCAACAUGUGAAGAAAAUCUUCCUAGUUUUUCAAGCCCAUCCACCGGUGGUGCUGGAACCAAUUGCUCAAAACAAUCCAUGGAUGGUGAUCAACUUUUUACUAAACCUCGGAGCCGUUCUCGUGGAAAGAAAAUUCUGAUGCAGCAGGAUAAACCACAGAAAGUUGUUGAAUUGGACCAUUGUGCGUCAGGAGCUGUGAAAGAAAAGGGAAGACCACAAAAAUUACAAGUCAAAAGCCCGCAACCUUCAACAGGAGGUAAGAAGGGCAAAGCAGGUGUAGAAACUGCCAAAGAAUUUGAUGUAAAAGAGUGUAUAACAAAAGAAGUUGACAUUCCUGUCAUCAUAGGGUUACCCUGUAAUGGGAUGAGAAGCCCACAAUCUGAAAAUCAUCAUCAGUUCGCAAGUGAGGAAUGUCUGAAGUCCAUCACUGAUCAAAAGGAGCAAUUAAAUGAUCCAGCAAGAGAACAGAUCGAGGAGAUUAAUCAAUUAAAAAGUGGAGAGGACAUUCCAAAAAAGAAGAGGGGAAGACCACCUAAAUUACCGAGGGAAAGCCCCAAUGCUUCAUUGACUGAUAAGAAGCAAAAUGGAGAUGUAGUUGCUGCUGAUGAAAUGAUUGUGAAAGAUUGUAUUACAGAAGAAGUUGAAUUGCCUACAAUAACGGAGGCAGAGUCUAAGAAGCUUCCUAAUAGUCCAACAAGGCGCCAAAACAUAUCAAGCAGCAUGAUGAAAACGCCCCCUGUAAAAAAGGAUAAAAUGCCAAAUGAAAAGGUUAUGCAAGCAUCAAGUGAGCUACUUGAGAAGCCUUCAUCAAAGAGGGGAAGAAGACGGAACACAAUUGUAAAUAUUGAAUCACUGAUUCAAGAUUCUCAAGAGGCAUCCAGGGUGAAAAGCAAUGAAGGUAUCCCAACAGAUAGCAGGAUGAAAGAAGUUGGAAUGGCUAAUGAUCAAGUACCCAGCAAUGUGUCUGAUGAUCAACCUCUAUCAACGUGGCUUGGGGGUAUGCACUUUCCAACGAUUGUUGAUGGCUCAAGAGUUUCCCCUAGUAGGACGGCCCAGCAAUGUACUGUGACAAGUGAAAGAAAAAUGGAAAUUGCAGUGCGAGCUGCUACAGUUGAUGGCAAUGGGAACAUUUUGUCAGUUCCAAAUCAAAACUUGCCUUUUGUGAAGACCUUUCCUCUUUGGGAAACAAUUGAAUCUAUGGAUGUGUUUCAAUCGAUGCCACAAAAUCCACAUUUUCGUCCUUUGGAAAGUUGUAAAGAAAGCGCUCGUGAAGGAUUAGCUAUUGGUUGUAUGGUAACCUUUUCCAGUGUGGUAAAGAAGACAACCGAGUUGCAAUUUGAUGGGCCAAGGAGCUCAAUUGAGGACUGUUUGGAAACUCUUCUGGACUUGGAAGGUCAUGGAUUUGAUGUUAAGAUGUUACGAGAUCGUUUGACUGGGCUGCUUCUGAUAAAAGACAAGCAGGAAUUCCUUCAGGAUCAGUCGAAAGAACUUGAAAGUCGGAUUAUGGCGCACAGUCAUGAGAAAAGCAAAAUUGACGAAGAGAUUGAUGAGAUUAAUAAGCAGAUAAAGGAGUUAAAAGAAAAGCGUGCAUUGGCUAUGUCGACAAUGAAGAUUAAGGAUUCUGAGAUUGUUUCCUUGCAGUCAACCAUGAACGACAUCAAUGAAGGCAUUGAGACCAUCCGGCUUGAUUUUGAAGAACUAGCAGCUGACUAUUGGUAAGUGGUAGGACUUCAUGUGAAUCUCUUUUAAUUUCAUUGUUAUCGAACUCCUGGGCUUAGGGGGCAGAGUUAUCAUGGAUGUUGAUGUACCUGCACUUCUUUAUGCUGAGGAUGGUGAUGGAAGUUGGUAAAUUAGGACAAACUACCGUUGGAUUUUAUUAGCCUAUUUUGUGAUGCACUUUUGUGUAAUGUUUAUAUUGGGAGUUUCAAGAUUGAGCUUAAUUUCUACUGUUUUCAAAUCUCCCUCCUUUCUUGCUUUCUCAUCCUUUAGCAUAUUGAUUCAUUGAUUUAUUGAAGUGUAGCCCCCCCCUACCCACCGUAAGAUUGGGUACAAAGGAGGUAAUGGGGAUUACAUGAUUGGGUUAGUGGAAAGUAAGGGAGGUUUAACUAAUCUCAUUUGUGGUAUUUUAUUAGUGUCACUCAGGAUAGUGUCACUGUUACACUUUCUAUUUGUUUGUGAUACAACUGUUGAACAUACUAUUCA